AUGCGCUUUCUGUGUCUUUUGUUCACCGGUGUAUUUGGGUUACCCGUUUUCUCUGUUCAGAGGCGCACAAAAUUAAUGUAUGCGGGGGAAUCGGAGAGUUGGCAUUUUUUGGCGAUAUUAUAUGUGGGUUGGAACCGGAGUUUUUCCCCUGGUCCGCUAGAUGGAACUUCGAGGAGUGGUUGGUGUGAGGGCUGUUUGACACUGACCCACAGUUGUAUAAGACUUUACUUCACGUAUUUAGUGGUGGCUGGGGACAAUAAGAUAGUUAUGUCGAAGAAAAGUGGUGCUGCGGUUAAUACGCCCGCUGCAAGCAUCACAACGAGCGAUGCGGCCGGUGGGACUGAAAAUACGGUUCGAGAAGAAGUUACCGGAUUGUUGCCAAAUGAAGGAAAAAAGAGUCUCAAAGAGUUGAAGGAUACUCUGUCGCCGAUCUCCAGGCCGUCUUCAUCCACGACCGCUAACGGAGAUGGGGCAGAACCGUUGUUGUCGUCACGGCCAGAUGCGGCUGGUAGGGCAUCUCAAGCGUGUGAUAGGUGUAGGUUGAAAAAAAUAAAAUGUGACUUGAAAAGACCGCAGUGUUCCUCUUGUGCAUCCGUUGGGUUCGAAUGUAAGCUGUCCGAUAAACUUACAAGGAAUUCUUUCCCAAGAGGGUACACGGAAAGUUUGGAGGAGAGAAUAAGAGAGUUGGAAUCGGAGAAUAGAAGGCUGUUGGCAAUGAAUGACCUGAAGGAGCAACAACUGUUCAAAAUCCCAGAAGAUAUACAAUCCGUGGUGGAUGUUGACGCGGAACUGAAUUCCUCGAACCAGACGAAAAACAUGUACGCAACACAUGUCUGCGAUGGGAUAUGUUGUCAAGAUACGAAAUUGCAUUCAAGACCAGUCGCGACAAAUUUUAACUUGAAUGACCCGACCUCGGUCUCCUUUGAACAAAAUGAGGCGCCCGGUCUAAUGGCGGCAAGGGCCAUCGAUCAAAUAUCAAACCAUGAACAAUCGACUCAACUCGCAAUACUGGUCUCGUUGUCAAUACCGCGUUCCACAGAGGAGAUUCUAUUUAUACCGCAGUUACUAGCGAAGAUAAGACAAGUGUUUGGGUUCACCUCCAAGCAGUGUCUGUACACUGUAUCGUUAUUGAGUUCCUUAAAGGAUGACCUACCGCCUCCAAACCUUUUGAAAAACUCCAAAAUGAUUUUGCAAAAUAGUUCCAACUUCGAUAUCCUAACUAGUGUCAACCUUUGGCAUCUCGAAAAUCUAUCAAAUUUUUUCCAAAACGUAUUGAAACUUAACAUAUUACCAGACGACGAUGACCAUCUAAAGAAAAACGAUGACCAUUUGGCCCUAUCCGAAAUAGACGAAUUGGUGGCUCUCUAUUUCAAGUACUGGUCAGAUUCGAUUCCAAUUUUCAACGAAAAGGAAUUCAAUUCUAACUAUAGAGUCUUCAAGGCUGAUUUGAUGAAACUGAGUAAAAAUGGCCCAUCAAGCUUGGAAAAUAUUCUCAACAUAAAGAUAUUUGGGUGUCUACUAACGGUGAUCUGUCAAAUGGGGAUUCUCAUCAAGUACAAAAACUUUAAGAAUAAAUCACCGAAAUUUGAGAAAUUACUGUCUUAUUAUCAUCACCUCAUGUACGUGCUACCCAAAAACUCAUAUUUUGGUGUCAUUACCACAUCGAUAAAGACAGUUCAGAUUUUGAGUUUGAUCUUGUUCUACCAUUUGAACACGGGUGACAUCAUCCAGAUAUACGACCUCCGCGGCAUGAUCAUCUCAAUGGCACAGCAAUUACGUUUACACAGAUGUCCAAGUGCCGUACUGACGGGCUCUGGUAGCAAAAUGGAUAGAUUAGAGCAAGGGAAUAGAAGAACGUUGUUUUGGUGCAUUUACUACUUGGACGUUUUUUGCUCGUUACAAUUGGGUGUCCCCAGACUGAUAAAGGACCACGAAAUUGAAUGUGCUUUACCACUUUCGAGUGAGAUUCACAACACGGAUAAAAUGGACGGCGUUCAAUUGGAGGGCACUAUGUCUGAAUUUUCACUUAGUGUAGUUCGGUGUGCAAAAGUUUUGGGUAAUAUUUUGGACUCCAUCUUCAAAAGAAACAUGUCGGAAUCAAUAACGGAACAAGUAUACACAAUCCAUGAAAAUGCUUUGGACAGUUGGCGCACAAAGCUACCCAAAAAAUACCAGUUCAAAUUGAAUGCCAAUGGGAUGGUGGACCUGGAACAUUUGAAUCAUGAAAACUUGAUACUAGUCCUACUUUUUUUUUUAGUCAAAAGCAUGAUCUAUAUGCCGUUGUCGAGCGCGAUCACUGAGCUAGCAAAUAAUCCAAAAGUGAAGAACGACUACUACAUGAACCACAAGGUAUCGCACACCUCAUUACAGCAAUCGAUAAAUGCGCUACUGAGUGUUUUCAAAAAUAUCAACAACCAGUACUUGCCCUUACCAUUGAACUCUUCCCGGACCAUGACCAGGUUUGCUUUGGUAAGUGCCAAGGGAUCUUUAGAAUAUAAGAAAGGUGGACUCUUGUUCGAGGACAAUAAAGUCCUUCUUUUGAGUGUCAUUCAAGAAAUUGAAAAGGACAGGAAGUUGGAACUACCGGGGAUCAUUCCAUGGCAUAGUCUGAAACUACUGGACCUUGCAGUGAAUCUAUUCUUGCUAGGUCCCACCAUCAACUCCGACAAAUUGGAGAAGUUUCUGCAGAAGAAAAUCAACUACUAUAAUAAAAUCAUGGGGAAACCUUUGAUCACUUCGUUACCAAGCUCCAAAACGAAAAGAAAACAAAGCAAAGAGGAUCUUUUUACCGCAAACAAGAAACGGAAACAGCAAGUGAAAACUGAACUCUCGACACUGGAGGUAAAGCGUGAACCGCAACAGGUGCAAUUGUUGAAACGCGAGGGACAAGGAAAUACCACUGAAUCGACCCAGUCUGCCUUUGUAGAGGCACUGCAGUUAGACCCUAUCCUGAAUGCCAACAUUUACAACUUCAGCGGUACUGAUCUUUCCAACUUCUUUAUUUCAAAUCAGAAUGGAGAUGUGCCGAGGGAGAGCAGGGAACCAGCAGUACAGCAGCCCAUUCCUGAUAGAACUAGUCUUCCUGCCACGAAUACUUCCGUUGUCACCGGUUUUGACAGUUUACCAAAGCCUGAGAACAGCAAACCGGCAAAAGAUGCAAUUGGUCCCUCUUUGAAGAAGGGCUAUCCAAGUUUCAUUGGAACGAAAAGUCACAACAACAGUGUCUCUACCAUGAUGAUGUUUUUGAACAACGACUACCCCUUUUCCUCUAUGAAUCUAAACGCGUUGUAUGCCCCGGACGGCUACAAGGAGAGUUCGGCGCAACCUGGGAAGCAGUUCACGCUUAACACAGGGGAGCCCCAUUCGACUUACGAUUUUGGGAUGAUUGUGGAUGCAUCCCUGGGUCUUGCACCGUUGUUGAACGAAGCCCCAGAGAUUCCUGGUCAACCCGAAUUUUUCAACUCUGAUGAGAUGUCUCCAUCACAGUUGACCGGGAAGUUAAUGCCCAUGGCGGUCAACAAACCAAUGGACCAGAACUCCAAUUUCACAUACAACUACAAAUCCAGUGUGGAAAAUAACGAAGGUCUAACGUUAGAGGCAAUACGAGGGGGCGAGACGAGCACGCAACGUGUAAGCAACGGCCACAUACGCGUAAACAGACAGAGACAAAGUGAUGCCGUAGAUGACCUAUUCAGUUGGCAAAACUCUACGUAG